CGCCCGCCUCAUCUUCAUCCUCAGGAACGGAGGCGAGAAAAAAGUCGAAAAGUUUUCAGAGAAGGAGGGAAGAAAGUUCAGGGAUCUCAUGAACCACUACUCCGACAUCAAGGUCAGGAAGGACUACAUGAAAGACGUCGAGAAGAUGAUGUCAGACUUGAAGACUUACAUCGGAGAAUCCUUUCUGCCCAACGAGUCCGAUUUCUUGGGGAUCUACGGAAGGGUGAUGGUCAACCGCUUCUGCCUCCACGACGAGGAACUGGGCAUGGUGGGCAGCGGCCUCUACCUCGCAGCUUCUAUCUUCGACCACGCUUGCAUACCCAAUUGCAGCUUCAGUUUCGAGGGCACCAAAGUCGUCAUUCGAGCGUUGACUGACAUGGAUGACUUUUCUUUUAACAAGUGUCGCAUAAGCUACCUGGACCCGCUGCAAGGAACCAAGGAGAGGCGAGAAGAACUGUACAAGUUCUGGUUCUUCUGGUGUGACUGCAAACCCUGUCAUGAUGAGGAGACUGUCGAUGGAGAAUACGAUAAAAUUGCGAGAACUCAUCCCUAG